AUGCACCCAGUGUACGUCUCAAAUUCCUCGAUUGUUUCUAAAGUCCAUAUUGUUGACCCUUCAUCUACAGUCAAACCAUCAGUCACGAUGCCUUCCAUGCACGAUCGUAUCCGCGAGGACCUCCUCAUCAAAGAGCGCGCUCUGUGGACGGCCUUGACCUCAGCAGACCCCGGCCCGGCUAUCGAGAAACUCUCCCAUCAAGAAGUCAACAUGAUAUUCCCUCAAACACCUAUCUUAACUCUGGAGGGCGAGAACACGAUCAAGGAUGCCGUCAAGCCACCCUUCCACCGAUUCGAUACCUACUCUCUGGAUGAAGUGCGGGUGAUCAUCAUCGAUCUUAUGGCGGGUACGGUUACAUACAGGGUCACGGCUACCCGAGGAAACAAGACGUACCGUGCGAAUGGCUCGACAACGUGGCAGCAGGCUUCGGAUGGAGAAUGGCGGAUCAUUUGUCACCAGGAGACGAUGGUGUAA